UUAUAAAAAAAACUCCAUUUUUUCCCAAUACGCAAUAUCUUACACAAGGUUUUGUCAAGAGCGAGUGACCCUCUUCCUCUGCACCUGUCUCUGUGUGUAUAGACGCCAUUACAGGAAGGAAAAGAAAACCCACAAAGAAAACCUAAAAGCUCCGCAGCCAUGGCAGGAGAAGAAGAAGGAACGGCCGUGAAAGCGCAGAAACGAAGAGCCCACUUCGUGUUGAUACACGGCAUGAGCUUGGGAGGAUGGUGUUGGUACAAGAUAAAAUGCCUAAUGGAAGUCUCCGGCUUCUCCGUCACUUGCAUCGACCUGAAAUCCUCCGGCGUCGAUCUCUCCUCCGCCGACUCUCUCUCCUCCUUCGACGAUUACAAUCAGCCUCUCGUCCGCUUCCUAUCCUCCUUGUCCGAAGACGAACAGGUUAUAUUGGUGGGUCACAGCGCCGGAGGGCUUAGCGUUACGAAGGCGACUCGGAGAUUCCCCGAGAAGAUCUCUUUGGCUGUUUACGUUGCUGCAUCGAUGCUCAAGUUCGGGUUUCAGACUGAUCAAGACUUGAAAGAUGGAAGUCCUGAUCUGUCUGAACAUGGUGAAGUUUACGAGCUCGGGUUCGGGUUAGGACCUGAAAACCCUCCGACCAGCGCCCUCAUCAAACCCGAUUUCCAACGCAAACUUCUCUAUCAGACAAGCCCUCAACAGGACUGUGCGCUGGCCGCGUUACUGAUGAGGCCAGCCCCGAUUCUCGCACUCACAACAGCAAAAUUCGACGGAGAAGAAGAAGACGAAGAAGAAGAAAAGGGUUUAGAGGGAAUUCCGAGGGUGUACAUCAAGACAAUGCAAGAUCGUGUGGUGAAACCAGAGCAGCAAGACGCUAUGAUAAGGAGGUGGCCGCCGAGUCAAGUGUACGUUAUGGACAGUGACCAUUGCCCCUUCUUCUCUAACCCCUUCGUGUUCUUCGGCUUUCUGAUCAAAGCUGCGACCUCUGCAGGGUGUAUCUUGCAGUAAAAUAAAAAAUUUAAAGCCUUGAUGAUUAUUGAAUAUGUACCCAUUUCUUGAUCCUGAUGCAAAAGGGUAUCAUUUGAUUGAGAUUGAAUCUGUACUUCUGAAAACUGUGUAUCAACAAGUGGUGAAAAGUGAAAUAAUUAUUGCUUAGUUU